CGAGUUGGUUCUAGAGCUCUCUCCCACGCCGGCCACCCGGGUUCUAGCCUCGGCGCUGGAAGUGGCCUCUGUUCCCUUCUAUUUGAAAAAAAAAAAACCAAAAUUCAGUAAUAUUACCCGAAUCUCUCUUUACUACUGUCAUAGAAAGAGAUCUAAAAUUCAAUGCGCAAAAUAUCAGGUGAGAUCGCCCUCCAAAUCACUCGAGUGCGAGUGAGACGUCCACUAAAAAAGAGGCAGCUUUGGGUACUUGGGAAUUUGAGAGUGGCUAUGGAGGGGGUAAUGGAAGAGGGGCGGAAGGGGGAAGCGGCGGCGUUUGGUUUCCCGGCGCCGGUCCGUCAAGGGGCCACGCGGCUGGGGUGGAUCGGCAUCGACGUCAUGGGCGGCGCCAUGGUCAAGCACCUCCUCGCGGCUAGGUUCGCGGUCAUCGCUAACGCUCGCACGCCGGCCAAGGCGGAGAGCCUUGUUGCCGCCGGUGCGAGCCUCGCGGAUUCGCCGGCAGCUAUGGCUGCUGCCUCCGACGUGGUGUUCACUAUGGUCAGAAACCUCGGUAAAACGGGCGUCACACCCGGCGACGUCCGCGCGGUGAUCCUGGAUCCUGCCUCCGGUGCCCUUGGGGGCCUCCGUCCCGGCGGCGUGCUGGUGGACUGCACGAGCUCCUACCCUCCCCUCGCGCGCGAGAUCGCCGCGGCGGCGCGUGCGGCAGGCUGCUACGCUGUGGACGCUCCAGUCUCCGGCAGCGACGUCGGCGCCCGCGACGGCACCCUGGUCAUCUUCGCCGGCGGCGACGAGGCCGUGGUCACUUGGCUCGCCCCGCUCUUCACCCACCUCGGAAGACCGACCUACAUGGGCCCACCCGGCAGCGGCCAGAAUAGCGAGAAAGCCAACCAGAUCGCGGUGGUCGGCGCGGUGGUGGGGCUCGGCGAGUCCGGCUUCGCCAGCGCCGCGGGGCUCGACGCGCUGCUGUUCCUCGACGUCGUGUGCAAGGGCGCGGCGGGGUCUCGCAUUAUGGACAUCUUCGGCGAUCGCGUGCUGCGCCGCGAGUUCGCGUCGGGGGGCGCCGUGCGGUACAUCGUCAAGGACCUCGGCAUGGCGCUGGAGGUCGGGGACGGGCAGGAGGAGGCGAACGUGCUGCCCGGGGCGGCGCUGUUCCGGCAGAUGUUCUCGGCGAUGGUGGCGAACGGCGACGGCGACGGCGACAUGAGUUUCCAGGGACUGGUCACCGUCUUUGAGCGCCUGAAUGGCAUCCGCAAGUGACUUGAUAACUGAAACGUCAGCACUGCACUGGUCAGUCCUUCGCCGCGGCCGGCGAGCGCCACGAGCUCUGUUCGCCGUGCGCGCCUCGGCUGCCGCCGCCCACACCAUGGACGCCGUCCGUCCUCAGGGCGUUCCGCGUGGACACGGCUCUCAUUCUCUCAAGGCACUAUGGAUGUAGUGUUGUCUUCAGAGUUAGGACUUAGGAGUGGAGAGUAGACGCGUAACGUAACAGAAUUGUUAUGUUCAGAUGCGCUUUCCUUGCUGAACGUUGAUAGUCAUUGGCUCUGCAACUAUGCAGAUCAUUUCUGACCUUCAGAAUUUCGACAGGAGCAAGGUUGCUUGCAUCUGUUGUCACGGCUGCAGCAAGGUGUGCAUAAUGCAUUUAUAUUUCAGAUUGUGUUUAUGGUUCGGUUCCUGCAGAUGGAUGAAUCAUUGCGCUGGAUCUGAUUUCUUUUCAUGGAUGUAGAAAAGGUUCUUCAACAAACCAUGUUUGGUUAAA